AGUUUAAGAAUUUCCACAUCUACUAUGCACAACCCAUCUCUGUCAUCCAAACACCCCUUUUAAUUUUGCACAACACUCCUACACUCUCUCCCUUUCUCUCACAACGCUUCCACUUUUCUUUCUCCUCGUUCAAAUGUAGAGAGAAAAUUAUACUGUCAACAUACGAAUCCCAGCUUCUGCUUCUUCUUUUUUUUGCACAGACCGAGAAGCGGAGAGAGACAGAGAGAGAGAGAGAGUAAUUGGGAUUUAACUAAACUAAUGUCUUCUACCUAUAGUCCAUGUCGGAGCCCUGGGAGCUCCCGGUUGCAGCAUCUGGGCGUUGGAGGGGUCUCGAGGUUGAGAUCUUCCUCGCUCAAGAAGCCGCCUGAGCCGUUGCGCCGAGCCGUCGCCGAUUGUCUCUCGUCGUCGGCUUCUUCGGGCAGCUCGAUACAGGGGAGUCCUUCCUUGGUCGUAUCUGAAGCUGCCAGGACUCUUCGGGACUAUCUGGCAGCGUCAACAACGACUGACCUGGCCUAUAGUGUAAUUUUAGAGCACACCAUCGCAGAGAGGGAGCGCAGCCCGGCAGUUGUUUCGAGGUGUGUGGCACUUUUGAAGCGUUACCUUUUACGUUAUAAGCCUAGUGAGGAGACAUUACUGCAGAUAGAUCGAUUUUGUGUGAAUACGAUUGCUGAGUGUGAUAUCAGCCCAAAGCGAAAACUGUCACCUUGGUCACGGUCUUUAAAGCAACAAUCUGGUGGAUCAACAACAUCAUCAUCAUCAUCAACAACAAUGUCGUCUACAACUGCUUCUCCUUUACCAGUGGCUAGUUUUGCUUCUGGGGCAUUGGUGAAGUCAUUGAAUUAUGUUCGUUCUCUUGUAGCUCAACACAUUCCAAAACGGUCAUUCCAGCCCGCAGCUUUUGCUGGAGCUAGUCUUGCAUCAAGGCAGGCACUACCAUCAUUGUCAUCAUUGCUGAGUAGAUCCUUCAAUUCCCAAUUAAGUCCUGCUAAUGCUGGAGAGUCUUCAGAGAUUAAGGAUGCCGCAACUUUAUCAGUUUCAAAUUUAUCAAAUAUUGAAGAAGCUGAUGCAAUAGAAUCUAUUGAGUAUAUAGCACCUGAUGUUCUGAAAUGGCGCUGGAUUGGGGAACAGAAACCAUCAUCUAUUUUUUCUGAAAGUGAUCGUGCAGCAAGUCUUCAAGACAUGAACACUCAUAACUUCCUAGAAGUAGGUGCAGCUGCUCUUCUUGUGGGAGACAUGGAAGCAAAAAUGAAGGGUCAGCCUUGGAAAUAUUUUGGAACUGCUGAUAUGCCUUAUCUUGAUCAACUGUUACAGCCUUCUUCAGUUGCAACCAUUACAAAUUCAGCCUCUGCCCGUCCCCAUUUGAGAGCAAUAACAUCAUCUAAACGCACUAAAUUGGGAUCUCAUCAAAUUUGGGAAGAUUCCCCUGUAAGUACUUUUCGUCCUCGUCCUCGACCGCUCUUCCAAUAUCGUCACUAUAGUGAACAGCAGCCUUUACGCUUGAAUCCUGCUGAGGUCUGUGAAGUUAUUGCUGCAGUUUGCUCCGAGACAUAUUUUCCAAAUGCUAAUGUCAUGACCGUAUCAUCUCGAAAGCCAUCAGUUGAUGUGGCUGUGAGCGUCCUUAUUAAGCUUGUUAUUGACAUGUAUGUCUUGGAUUCUGGGACUGCUGCUCCUCUCACACUUUCUAUGCUUGAGGAAAUGCUUACUUCUCCAAAACCAGCUUGUAGGAUACGCCUUGAUUUAAUUUUGAAUCUUGGGGUCCAUGCUCACUUGUUAGAGCCAAUGAUAACUGAUGAUACUUCCACCAUUGAAGAAGGGUAUGUCUCAGAAUCGUUUUUUGAGAAUGAAGAUCAGCUCAUAACACAAGGGAAAAGGAAAACAAAUUUGGUUAAAGUUCUGGGUGCUUCUGCUGCUAUUGAUAAGUUUGAGUCUUGGAUUUUGAACAUUUUAUAUGAAAUAUUACUCCUCCUUGUUCAGGUACACUUUAUCAACAGCCUUCCUUCCAUUGCAUCUCUUAAGUAGCUUCCCUAUGCGUUGCAUAAUUUUUCUCCUUGUUCAUACUGGAAGUUUAUAUACUACUUGAACGACACCAUAGGUUCUAAAUUGUGCAAUAUGUUUGUAUAAUGCUUUAGAUUUCGAUAGGCAAGUAGAUAAACAAGUAC